AUGCCUCCCCAUGCUCGUCACAGGCCCCCCUCUGGCGCACAUCAUGGCCAGCAAGCCAGGCAAGCCGUCGAGGGAGCAGUUCGUCUCGGCGAGCCAAUGCCAGGCCACAGCUGGCUAGAGCGGCUUUGGGGCUGGCCUAGCUCCGUCAUGGUGGUUUGCCUGCUGCGUCACUUGACUGGACAGCCGGCUGGCCUGCUAUACCGCCAGGAACGGGCAUUAAUUGGCAUUGGCAUUGGUGUUGGCACUGGCUCGCCUGCCGAACCACUCGCUCCCUCUCAUCGUUGCACUCGCAAGCAGUUGCAUGCGGCUCCCUCAACGUCUGACCGCUGCUCCGGUGCGUGCGAAACAUGCUACAAGCCUUGCCACCUUUCUCCUCAUCGCCCCGCUGCUAGCAGUCGGACAGCGCGGCUACGUGCCAAAUCACAGCCAAGCUAUGCCCGUUUUACCGCUGUCACCUCCACGUCCACCGUUGUGACGCUCCGCCCUGUCCUGCCAUCUGACGCCAGCUGGGCCCUUCCCGAUGGACACGGCCUGUUUCAUCCUACCCGUUCGCAGUGGGGGGCUGCUCGCUGCCCGGGAUGGACAGCCAAGCACGCAUUCGAUAUGCAGCUCGGACAGACUACGCUCGUUUGA